AAAUAUAAAAAUUUAAUUUAGUUUUAAUCAAUUUUAGGCUAAUUUUAUAAAAUCAUUAUGAUGACAUUUAUAAACAUAAUUAAUCAGUGCCCUAAUAUAUUCAGAUAUUUCAUAGUUAAUCUCACGAAAUCGAGAAUUAAAUUCAUUCCAUUAUUCUCUAACACUAAUUAAUACUAUAAAAACUGAUUCGCCAUUGCUUAAAAUUAAUUACUCGCCUUAUCAAUGAAAGUAAAUUACUUCACCUAGCACAGGUGUCUGUUUUGUGUUUGUGUGGUACAAGCCAUUAAAAUAUGGAUCAAUUCUUUUCAGUGAAUUUAGCAAGACAGUCAUUUCAAUCAUGACUCCUCAAUUAGAGUUUAAAGAGAAAACCGUAGGGUUUCACAUGAGUGUUGGAGAUGUGAAAUAACCCGAAUUAUGCAAAAAUGGCCAAUCGAAGACCAACAUAUUCUGUUUCAUCAGAAGCUUUGUCUCCUAGUUUAGCCUCAGAUCCUCUACGAGAACUAUUCGAAGCUUGCAAAAUCGGUGAUAUAAGCAAAGUUAAAAAGUUGAUUAACUCUCAAACUGUUAAUGCCAGAGAUACAGCUGGUAGGAAGUCAACUCCAUUGCAUUUUGCUGCAGGUUAUGGUCGAAAAGACAUAGUAGAGUUCCUUUUAGCUGCUGGUGCAUCGAUUCAAGCUCGUGAUGAUGGUGGACUUCAUCCUUUACAUAAUGCUUGUUCCUUUGGACAUGCUGAUGUUGUUAGAUUACUCUUAGAAGCUGGUGCAAAUCCUAAUACUCGAGACAAUUGGAACUAUACUCCGCUUCACGAAGCUGCCAUAAAGGGCAAAAUUGAUGUUUGCAUUGCCCUACUGCAGCAUGGUGCUGAUGCUACAAUCCGAAAUACCGAAGGUAAAACCCCUUUAGAAGUUGCUGAUUCUGCAACAAGGUCUGUUUUAACAGGAGAUUAUCGUAAGGAAGAGGUUUUAGAGGCUGCUAGAACUGGAAAUGAAGAAAGAUUGUUACAAUUGCUCACCCCUAAUAACGUUAACUGUCACGCCAGUGACGGGCGAAGGUCUACCCCUCUUCACUUGGCCGCUGGUUACAAUAGGAGCAGGGUAGUUCAGCUGUUACUCCAACACGGUGCCGACGUUCAUGCUAAAGAUAAAGGGGGCCUCGUUCCUUUGCAUAAUGCGUGUUCCUAUGGCCACUUUGAGGUGACGGAAAUGCUAGUGAAAGCAGGUGCUAACGUCAAUGCGAUGGACCUCUGGCAGUUUACUCCUCUGCACGAGGCGGCUUCCAAGUCGAGACUUGAAGUCUCCUCGCUCCUUUUGAGUCACGGCGCCGACCCAACUUUACUCAACUGUCAUUCUAAGAGUGCUAUAGACGUUGCACCAACAAGGGAGCUUCAGGAACGGCUUGCAUAUGAAUACAAAGGCCAUUGCUUUCUCGAUGCCUGUCGUCAAGCCGACCCGUCUCGUCUGAAGAAAUUAAUUUCUUCCGAAAUAGUCAAUUUCAAGCACCCGUACACAGGAGAUACUCCUUUGCAUGCAGCUUGUUCAUCUCCUUAUCCUAAGAGGAAGCAAAUAAUGGAGACAUUGGUCCGUAAAGGUGCCCACUUGAACGAAAAGAAUAAAGAUAUGCUGACUCCAUUACAUCUAGCUACUGAUAUGAGCCAUCACGACGUUAUGGAUACUCUCCUGAGGUUAGGUGCUAAAGUGAAUGCUUUGGACGCUUUGGGUCAAACAGCCCUUCAUAGGUGCGCCCGAGAAGAUAAUAUUCAGGCAUGUAGGAUAUUACUGUCCUAUUCCGUAGACACGACCAUUGUUUCUCUACAAGGUUACACUGCGCUGCAAGUAGCUGCGGAAAAUGUUCAUAAAAUAUUACAAGAACCACCAGCUAUUUUGGAUUUAGAGAACAAAUUGCUGGAAGCGUCGAAAUCGGGAGAUUUGGACCAGGUUCAAAGGCUGUUGACCUCUUAUCCACACAUCGUUAACUGCCGAGACUUGGACGGAAGGCAUUCGACUCCGUUGCAUUUUGCUGCUGGUUACAACCGUGUUGCAGUUGUGGAAUACUUACUUUCUCAUGGUGCAGAUGUGCAUUCUAAAGAUAAAGGAGGGCUAGUUCCUUUGCACAACGCUUGUUCUUACGGCCAUUAUGAAGUGACCGAAAUGUUGGUAAAACAUGGAGCCAAUGUUAACGUAGCAGACCUUUGGAAAUUUACUCCUCUUCACGAAGCUGCGGCCAAAGGAAAAUAUGACAUUGUGCGUCUCCUCCUACAGCAUGGAGCUGACCCAACAAAGAAGAAUCGUGACGGAGCGAUGGCCGUCGAACUUGUAAAAGAAGGUGACCAGGAGGUCGCCGAUCUCCUUCGAGGUAAUGCUGCCCUCCUCGACGCAGCCAAGAGAGGUAAUUUAGCGAGAGUACAGCGUUUAGUAACACCGGAGAAUAUCAAUUGCCGUGAUACCCACGGUAGGAACAGUACACCACUUCACCUUGCUGCUGGUUACAAUAACGUCGAGGUAGCAGAAUUUCUUCUAGAGAACGGUGCUGAUGUAAAUGCUCAAGAUAAAGGAGGGCUAAUUCCGUUGCACAACGCCUCCUCGUACGGUCACCUGGACAUAGCUGCUCUCUUGAUUAAAUAUAAUACCGUCGUUAAUGCCACUGACAAGUGGGGCUUCACUCCCCUUCACGAGGCAGCUCAGAAAGGUCGAACCCAGCUUUCUGCACUACUGCUGGCUCACGGAGCUGACCCCAUGCUGAAGAACCAAGAGGGGCAAUGCCCUCUUGAGGUAGCGAGUGGGGAGGACGUGCGCUGCUUGCUGGAGGAUGCGAUGGCCGGGCAGCCACCUGCAACUCAGGGUCCUACGCCUCUGCCGUCGCCUCCUCUCCCCGCUCCUGAAGACCAACUGCUUCUUCCUAGCGGAGCUUCACUCGCCCUUCCCCCACCUUGUUACCACAAGGGCGACGGAGCAGUCUCGCCAGCCAAGUCUGCCGAUGACACUAUUCAUAAUUUGGCUUCCUUCCUCACUUCUAUUGGUUUGGAGCAACUUAUCGAACCAUUGGAGAGGGAACAAAUCACUUUGGAUAUUUUGGCAGAAAUGGGCCAUGAAGAUCUGAAACAGGUCGGUGUGACAGCCUACGGCUACCGCCACAAGAUCAUCAAGGGCAUCGAGAAGAUUCAACUCUCACCAGAUUUGAAUCCGUUAAGUUGGCAACAAGGGACUCUUUUAGUUGAUUUGUUGAGAGAAGAUAAGGAGUUCAUUGCUGUCGAGGACGAGAUGCAAAAUACCAUUCGGGAGCACAAGGACAACGGACUCUCUGGCGGUGUUUUCUCUCGAUAUCACGUUAUUAGGGUCCAGAAAGUUCAGAAUAAAAGGCUUUGGGAUAAAUAUAAUCAUAGACGGAAUGAAGUGGCAGAGGAAAAUGGAAAUUCGGCCAAUGAAAGGAUGCUCUUCCAUGGAUCUCCAUUUAUCAAUGCUAUCGUCCAAAAGGGUUUUGACGAGAGGCAUGCCUAUAUUGGUGGCAUGUUUGGUGCUGGUAUAUACUUUGCCGAACACUCUUCCAAGAGUAACCAGUAUGUUUAUGGAAUUGGUGGAGGAACGGGCUGCACCGCUCAUAAAGACAGGUCCUGCUACAGCUGCCACAGGCACUUGCUGAUGUGUCGGGUCACGCUCGGAAAAUCAUUUCUGCAAUUCAACGCCAUGAAAAUGGCUCAUGCUCCGCCUGGUCAUCAUUCAGUGAUGGGAAAACCUUCUGCUGGUGGUCUCAACUUCCCCGAGUAUGUAAUAUACAGGGGAGAACAGGCCUAUCCAGAAUACCUGAUUACCUAUCAGAUAGUAAAGCCAGAGGAAACACCGGACGUAAGCCUGAAUAUAAUUUGUAAGAUCGAUUGGAACAAAGUGAUCUGCAAUAAUAAAGAGGAGGAAUCGAAACUUAAAUUGAAAGCUAAUGAUUUUACAAUCAAAGUAUUCAAUGAAAACGAUGAGCUUAUUUAUGAAAAUAAAUAAUCAUUCAUAUUUCUUAUAUUUGUAAACACAAUGAUAAAGAUGAAAGGACUUCUGUAGAAUUUACAUUUUGACAUAAUUUAUUUCAUUCACAUUUAUUAAUAUCCCAUCCACACCAGUGGCAAACAAUGUUGAAUAAAAAAUUUGCCAAAAAUGUGGAAAAAAGGAAACAUAUUUAGCAGUCAAAUAACUGAAGGAGAAUGUCAGUAGGGAAAAUAAUUUUUGUAAAAUAAAAUCAAUAUAUUUUUUUUCAAAUUUUUAAACAUUUUUUUUGUUUAU